UGUGUGUGUUUGUGUUUGUGUGUGUGUGUGCUGUAAUGUGUUUUGUGCUCUGUGGUGUGUGUGGUCACUUUUUCGUGUAUAAAAGCUGGCGCAGAUCUGCAGCUAGCAACAGACAACGGCAACGCGUCAACACAGACCUACUUCAUUUCUUCAACCAAGAACCCAGCCAGGAUUAGCAAAAAUGUACAAGUUGGUGGUGUUGUCUGCUCUGCUCGCUGUGGCCGCUGCUCGCCCGGGCUAUCUGGAGGCAGGUCCUCUGCUGCAUAGCUACGCUGCUCCCGCUAUCAUCCAUGAACCGGCUCUCGCCAAGGUGGGACACAUUGUGAAGAGCAUUCCCACCGCUGUCUCGCAUCAGAGCAUCAGCCAGGUGCACAGCUCCGCGCACAUUGUGCAACCCAUUGUGGCACCCGUCAUCAAAACCUAUGCCGCACCCAUCAUCAAGACCUACGCUACUCCAGUGCUCCACACUUCGGUGCUGUCGCCUUCGUGGGCUUCUCACGGCUGGGAGUCAUCCUGGUAAAGGAUAUUUACACGAUCCGAUUCUCUUCGUCCUUUUAAGGCCCUUUCUACUGCCAAAUUUUCUAUUCCUCUUUUCUGCAUUUUGUUUAUCUUUAACCCAUUUCGACUGAUGUAAAUAAAAGUCCAUGAGAUCAUUACGAAAAUUACCUGUUU